AUGCCCGUAGAUUUUAAGGAAAUUAGUUAUGAAACAAAAAAAGAUAGUCUGUUAUGUAAAAUUUUAGGAUAUGUAAUGUUCGGUUGGCCGCCCGAGGCAAGAUGCGAAGAAGAAAAACCAUAUUUUGCGCGUAAGAGCGAGAUCACUACGGAUCUCGGUUGCUUACUAUUCAAGUAUAGACUUAUUAUAUCUCCGGUACUACGUACACGAGUUUUGAAGGAGGUUCACGAUGACCACUUAGGUGUUAAUAAAAUGAAAAACUUGUCGAGAAACUACGUUUACUGGCCUAGUCUCGAGUCUCGAGAGGAGGUAUGUCGAAAUUGCGAGCCAUGCCGUGUGGUCCGCGACGCGCCACCGGACGCUUCGAUUUGCCCGUGGGAGUUUCCACAGCCCUGGCAUCGUAUACAUGCGGAUUUCGCGGAAUAUGCUGGAAAAAAAUAUCUGGUCAUAGUGGACGCUCAUUCUAAAUGGAUUGAAGUGUCCACUAUGAAAAGUACAAAUGCACAAUCGACAAUCGCAGCUUUCAGAGCCAUCUUUUCCAGAUUCGGGCUUCCUUCGCAACUCGUCACGGACAACGGUCCACCUUUUUUAUCGCAUGAUUUCAAAAAUUACUGUCAUAUGAAUUGUAUCAAACAGUUUACCACGGCACCCUACAGACCACAAGGUAAUGGCGCCGUGGAAAAUGCUGUCAAAACAAUUAAAAAAGUUGUUAAAAGGGCGGUUCACGAAGUCUCAUGUACGGUGAACAUUGGAAAGGGGAUUAAAUUACGUAGGCAUCUGGAUCAAGUAACUCCAAUAAAAAAUAAAAAUAGAUAUUCCUUAACGCGCACAAGUCAGACAUCAAGGGAGGAGCAAACCCAGGGUGAUGAUAGAAAUAGUAAUAAAACUGAUGUGGUCUGUAGUGAUGACGAGGGGGCUUGUUUCGACGACGCGUCGAGUGGGCCGAUAGCAUCGAGGACACACACACCGAUUGUAUUGGAUGUAACCCCGUAUGAGUCAGCGCCGUUCUCGGAACCUAUACAGUCCCCGACACUGACGCCGCCCGGACCCGACGCGUCUUCGCGAGCUUUGCGUGCUUUUAAUCGUAAUAAGAGAAAUGCAAAGAUUUGA